AUGGCGGACACGAGCAAGAUGGAUGGGGGGGAACCUAAGGGUACUGUCUACCUACUCUACUACUCACAAGCUUGCAUCCCGUCUCAACGCCCGGCCGUCGCCCGCGUCCCCGAUGGCGAUGGCGAUGUGUCCGUACGGGGAGUGGAUAUACGGCAGCGGCUAGUGCUGCGCCGGUUCCCUUGUCUGCUGCUACGCAAUCCUGCGGCCCCCCAUUAG